GUAGAAAAAUGGGUGAUCAUGCUCGUGGCGAUUGUAAGAAAGUGAUAUGUAGUUCUGAGGAAGAUGAUCUCCAACAGGAGGCUAUUCGUAACUCUUCUUACAUCCCGCCUCGAGCGGUCUUGAUGAUGUCGCAAUUAAAUCUGCGUGAUAAAAGAAUAGGAGUACCUGGAACAUCUGGAGAAGCACCAGCACUACCGACACCACCUACAUCUGAUGACACAGACCGUCAAUUUUGGGCAGAAGAUGAAUUAAGUAGUUCAGAGACAAGACUUCAUUUGGUUGCUAAGCAAAGACGAAGACGUAGUUUGGCACAUAGAAAUCGGGCAGCUAAUCGAAAGAGAAGCAGAUCAUUUAGUCAAACAUCUAGCUCUAACUCGGAUCCUGCACAGCAUCUGAAAAUCUCAUCACCGAUCAGACAGAAUGCACGAAGGAGACGGAAAUACGAUUUGGGACCAGGUGCUUCUGCGAGUAAAAAAUCUAGAGGAAGAAAUAAUGCUCCAGUUCCUAGAGCCUCUACACCGAGGCCAGCUCAAGUUUCUAGUAUCCGAAAUCCGUUAACCUUUGGUGGUAGUCUGCAAACAGGAACUCAUCACGUUUUGAAUUCAAGGCGACAGGUGAUCCAAGCUACAAAUUUAAUACCUGGAAUGCGGCAGAGAUCGAGGAGACGCAGUGGUCAGACACCCGAUUUACCUCGCAGUUGUAAUGCGAUGCCCACAAUGAAUGAGUCUACGGACACUGAUAAAUGUAAAAACCAAAAAUCAACUCAAUCACCUUUAAAACCAAGGCGCAAAUAAAUAAUCUGAAAUUAUAAAGAUUGAUUAUUCGUCAUUACC